AUGGAUCUCCGUGACAUUAUAGCUACCAGCGGCUUCGCGACCUACAGCUUGCGUCAUCCUCGCGAAGCACUGUCGAGUUUCGGUCCGACGCUAAAUGAGGCCACCUUCGGCUUCGCGGGGAAAUCGUUCCAGCCGGAGCGCGACAUUCGCGACCUGGAUGGCAAGGUCAUCCUUGUGACAGGAGGCAAUACCGGUAUAGGCAAAGAGACCAUCCUCCAGCUUGCCAAGCAUAACCCGUCGCGCAUUUACAUGGCCGCCCGGACCGAGAGCAAAGCGCGCCUGACUAUCGGGUUACUAAAAGCUGAGCUCCCCGUCCAAACCGAUAUCCGCUUCCUUCCUCUCGAUCUCUCCUCCUUCAAAUCUAUCCGCGCCGCCGCUCAGCAAUUCCAGCGCGAUAGCGAUCGCCUGGAUAUCCUGAUUCUUAAUGCAGGCACGAUGGGCAACCCGCCUACCACAACGGAGGAGGGUUUCGAGAUCCAGUUCGGCACAAAUCACAUCGGACACUUCCUGCUUGCAAAGUUGCUUCUGCCUACGCUGCAGCAGACCAUUGAUAUGCAGCGCGCUAAGGACGAGAUCCCUGAUAUCAGGGUCGUGACUGUUGGGUCGGCAGCUCACGCUGUUGGUCCCUCUACUUUCGAAGAGAUGACAUCUACCCCUGGUUUGUUGGCCGGUAGUACUUGGACUCGCUACGGCGCUUCUAAGCAGGCUAACAUUCUCUUUGCGUCCGAGCUCGCCCGCCGUCACCCCGAUAUCUUGUCUGUGUCUGUGCAUCCCGGUGCGGUGAACAGCGGGCUCUAUGAACACACCAAGGACCUGAGCUCGGUCAUGAAGCACGGCGUCACAGCCGUUGGUUCUCUGUUCUUCCGGGGUUGCGCUAGUGGAGCUCUCAAUUCUCUUUGGGCGGCUGGCACGCAAAGGGAAAAUCUUGUUAACGGCGCUUACUAUACUCCCAUUGGAUACCACAGUGGUGGUACUGCGGUUGUUCAGAAUGCGCAGUUGGCUCGGAGACUCUGGGAUUGGACUGAUAACCAAGUUUCCAAACCAAACAUGGACAAGCAUAAACUUCCCACGAGCAGGAGGUCUAAUCCCAUCCUGUGGCUUGUCACUCUCACCAUCAUGGCCCGCAUCAUCGUAACUGGCGGCUCCGGCAAAGCAGGCCAAUUCGUCAUCUCCGAGCUCCUCAACGCCGGACACACCAUCCUGAACCUAGACCUAAGUCCCAUGGACCAUCCUGACGUUUACACCCUGAAAACCGACCUCGCCGACAGCGGCCAAGUCUUCAACGCCCUGUCCGGCCAAUGGCAACUCUGCGAGCCCUUCCCAGAAGGCCUCCCGCCACGCCCAGACGCCGUAAUCCACCUCGCCGGGUACGCACGCAACAUGCUCGUCCCGGACAACGAGACCUUCCGCUCCAACACCCAAGGCACCUACCACAUCAUCGAAGCCGCCUGCAAGCUCGGGAUCCGCAAAAUCGUGAUCGCCAGCAGCAUAACCGUGUACGGGGUAUCCUUCGCUCAAGGCGAUGCGAAUUUCCCCUCGUUCCCAAUCCACGAAGACCUCGACGUCAACCCGACCGACACGUACGCGAUCGCGAAGCUCUGCAACGAGCGCAUCGCGCGCGGCUUCGCGGCUCGCUUCGGGGCGGAUAUCUACAGCUUGCGCAUUGGGCGUGUGAUCGAGCCCCAUGAGUACGAUGGGGAUAUCUUCUAUAGCUAUGUCCAUGAGCCGGCGCUGUGGAAGGUGCAUGGGUGGUCGUAUAUCGAUGCGCGGGAUCUGGGUGGGAUGUGUGUGGCGGCGUUGAAGACUGACGGGCUAGGGUUCCAGGUGUUCAAUGCUACUAAUGAUCAUAUUACCAAUUUGAGUCCUACGGCGGAGUUUUUGAAGUCGCAGUUCCCGGAGACGCCUAUUACGCGGGAAAUGGAGGAGUUUGAGGCGCCGUUUUCGAAUGCGAAAAUUAAGAAGAUGCUGGGGUUUGCGGAGCAGCAUCCUUGGAGGAAAUAUUUUAGUCAGUGGGAGAAGAAGCUGGAGCAGAUUGAAAAUGAGUAG